AUGAAUAUGGACACCCUUUCCUCAUCAUCAAGGAUCAGGACCGCAAGUCCUGCCUUAUGGGACUUGAGGCCCUCAAUGGUUAACAGCUGUCACCGACAAAUGGCUGAGAUUGCUGUGAAUGCUGUCCUCAUGGUAGCAGACAUGGGGCGGAGAGAUGUGGACUUCGAGCUCAUCAAAGUAGAAGGCAAAGUGGGCGGGAGACUGGAGGACACAAAACUGAUCAAGAUCGUGAUUGUGGGCAAGGAUUUCAGUCAUCCACAGAUGCCAAAAAAAGUGGAAGAUGCUAAGAUUGCAAUUCUCACAUGUCCAUUUGAGCCACCCAAACCAAAGACGAAGCAUAAGCUGGAUGUGACCUCUGUGGAAGAUUAUAAAGUCCUUCAGAAAUAUGAAAAGGAGAAGUUCAAAGAGAUGAUUCAACAAAUUAAAGAAACUGGUGCUAACCUAGCUAUCUGCCAGUGGGGCUUUGAUGAUGAAGCAAGUCAUCUACUUCUUCAGAAUAACUUGCCUGCGGUUCGUUGGGUAGGAGGACCUGAAAUUGAGCUGAUUGCCAUUGCGACAGGAGGGCGGAUUGUCCCACGGUUCUCCGAACUCACAGCUGAGAAGCUAGACUUUGCUGGGCUGGUACAGGAGAUCUCAUUUGGGACAACUAAAGACAAAAUGCUGGUCAUCGAGCAGUGUAAGAACUCCAGAGCCGUAACCAUUUUCAUUAGAGGAGGAAAUAAGAUGAUAAUCGAGGAAGCAAAACGAUCCCUUCAUGAUGCUUUGUGUGUCAUCCGGAACCUCAUCCGUGAUAAUCGCGUGGUGUAUGGAGGAGGGGCUGCUGAAAUAUCUUGUGCUUUGGCAGUUAGCCAAGAGGCAGAUAAGUGCCCAACCUUGGAGCAGUAUGCCAUGAGAGCUUUUGCCCAUGCAUUGGAGGUCAUCUCCAUGGCCCUUCCUGAAAACAGUGGCAUGAAUCCCAUCCAGACUAUGACUGAAGUCCGAGCCAGACAAGUGAAGGAGAUGAACCCUGCUCUUGGAAUCGACUGUUUGCACAAGGGUACAAAUGAUAUUAAGCAACAACAUGUCAUAGAAACCUUGAUUGGCAAAAAGCAACAGAUAUCACUUGCGACACAGAUGGUUAGAAUGAUUUUGAAAAUUGAUGACAUCCGUAAGCCUGGAGAAUCUGAAGAAUAAAGAAGAAAUGUAGAAUAGAAUGUAGUAGUAAGAUCCACUACUGUGAUUAAAUAAAUGGGUGUCCUGUGAUGCAUCUACAGUUA